CGCUUUGCAAUUUGGCAUUCCCAGGCGGGAAAACAUAGAUUCAUUCUUCUUAUAAUUCGAUCAACCUGUGUACUGCACGCUCUCUUCAUAUACCGCCCAUACAACAUCAACCAUCCCCCCAGUCCAAACCUGCGCACAGGAUGAUCCAACCCGGGGAGAUCUCGCUAUACCCAGGGGGCUGCAACCCCGAAGGCGGACGCCCGCUCGGCUGCUUGUAUGACCGCCAGUGCCAGAUCACGUACCAAGUAGGCGCGAGGGAGACGCCCUGCACGACGAUGUUCUACCUGCUUGGGCCCAGGGACCUGCCUCUGGAGGAGGUCCCCUGGGCCCGCAUGGAAGAACUGCUCAAGUACAUCUUCCUGCAGGCGCGGCGCGAGAACCCGGACUCGGCCCCCAUCGCCGGGGAGCUCAGCACCGGGGAAUGGUGUCGGUUCUAUCGCGAGGUCCUCCCCACGGACGGCGCAGACCAUCGGGUGCGUGGCAUCUACCAGUUCAAACUCGGGGGGAAGGCGACCUUCCAUGAGGAGGAGGAUGAGGCCCUGAUCGAGCUGUUGGCGAGCAUCACCCAUUCCGGUUUCCCCUACGUAGAGACGUUGCUGGGUCUGCACGAGAUCCUCGCCAGACACGGGCGAGGUGCGGUGAGGGUUCCGGGCCGUGCUGAGAGACGCAGGAUUGAGAGGCGCUGGGAACGCCGAAGCAUGGCAACGUAAAUGCACCCACCCAUUCAUUCCCGGUGUGUCAGAUGCCAACGAGCCAAAUGCAAGCCCCUCCUACUUGCUGGGACAGCUCAUCAUCGCAUGACUCAGUAAGCCCAGGGUGGCCAAUGGGUGCUGUAGUUCAUCUCACCUGUCCUCCUGGAAAUGCAUGAAAUCUAAAGGCGGGGUUGGGUAUGUCGGGACUCGGGUCUCGUAGGGACGCUCACCCCGCC